GUUCAUCUGUUUUGCUGAAAAAAAAAAAAACUUUUCCUGAUUGAGGUGGCAAGAAAGUUUUCUAGUGCUUGAACAAAGACAGCAGCUAUUAUAAAAGCUGUGCUUGCACCUCAUUCUCUUGAUGUUGCCUUAAAAAGCCUAAAAGAAAAUGAAGUAGUAUACUGUGGAAUUGCUACAGAUGGUAGCAAUCACGAUGCAUUAAAGCUGUUUCCUGUAAUUAUUCAGUACUUUGACUGGAAAAAUGGUGGUUUACAGUCAGAACUGAUUGAGUUUAAGAACACCCCAAAUGAGACUGCAGACACUAUUGCCAAAUAUGUGAAAGAAACCCUAGAUAAACAUGGGCUUACUAAAAAGUGUGUGGCAUUUACAGGUGACAACUGCAAUACAAUGUUUGGAGGAUUCAAACGUAACGAAGAAGGGAAUAAUGUGUUUGCAAAUCUGAAGAUGUUGGAAAAGUCAUUGAUUGGAGUAGGUUGCCCAGCACAUAUUCUGAAUAACUGUGUUCAUCAUGGAGCAGAAAGAAUGGAUAUUGAUAUUGAAAAUAUUAUCAAUAAGAUUUAUCAGCAUUUUCAUAUCUACACAGUUCGCUCUGAAAAACUAAAGGAGUAUUGUGGAUUUGCUGAGGUUGAGUACAGGAAGCUUCUCUCUCAUAGUAAGAGUCGUUGGCUGUCACUAUUUCCUGGCAUCACAAGGCUGAUAGAGAUGUUUCCUGCUCUUAAGUCCUUUCUUUCACAAGAGCAACCACCAACAGUAAUAAAAAAAUUCUUUGAAAAUGAAAUGAGUGAGAUUUACCUCUGGCACAUGCACUCUUUAAUGGCUGUAUUUCACACACACGUUCAAACAAUUGAAAAGGAAAGUAACUCUGUUGUAGAAGUGCUGACAAAUUUGGAGUCUGUGUGUAAAGUACUUGCACAAAGAAAGAACCAGCAUUUCAUGUCUUUAAAAGUUAAAGGACUAAUUACUCAGAAGCGCACAGAAGGAAAAGAAGAAGAGUGUAACAGGUUCUGUGUUGAAGUAGUUAACCUGUACAACAGAUGCUCAGAGUACUUAGCUAAGUGGAUGAAACCACUGGAAGAGUUCUCUUGUUUCAAGUGGAUGGUCUUGAGUGAAAUGCCAAGCUGGACUGAUGUGGAACCUUGUGUUGUAUACUUGAUAGACAAGGGAAUAGAGCUUGAUGAUGUAAAGUGCUUUGACCAAGUUUGUAACUUGAGGCAGUUUGUAGAAAGGAACAAGAAUGAUGAAGACUUCAGUAAAUUACCAGCACAUAAAAAAUGGACCAGAUACUUUGAAGCAUCAAAGAAUAUUGAAUGCCACUCAGAACUGCUCAGAAUUGCACAAUUCUUUUUUGCUGUAACAUCCCACAAUGCUAAUGUGGAGCGAGUCUUUUCGCUGAUGCAAAGUCAGCGGACGAAGGAAAGGAACAAGCUGAGUGUUGAUACAAUGAAAGGUAUUCUGACUGUACAGUACAACUACCGAGAGACCUCUUGCAUUGACUUCCUCAACUUUUUAAAGUCCAACAAGGAACUACUUAAAAAUAUAAGAUCUACAGAAAAAUAUGUAUCGGCACAUCAAGCAACACACGCAGUGGUUGAAGAAGAGUUAGAAGACACCAACUAAGCUAAGUGGAAAAACGGAAUUCAAGAUUAUCAGCCAUAUGCAAAGGUGAUUGCAGUGGCUCCAAGUCUUGGGAAAACCAUGUGUGGAGCACAAGCAGUCUGUCCACACUGAAAAUUUUGAGCUCAAGCAUACCAGCAGCACAACACAUCUGCUGAACAAUGCAGCUCCAAUUCCUGCAGAUAAACAAACUUCAGGCACAUACCACAGAGCAUUUCUGUGACUACACAACUGUGUUAUAACUGACUGAAUUGUGGUAAAGUGGCUUACAGCAGGAAAGGAAACACAACCGGCACAUCUGAGUCAAGCAUGUUAACCGAUGUGAUGAGCAAUGUGAACAAGUAUUUUAAGAUGUUUUUGGCAAGGAAAAGAUGUGGUGGGAAUAAUGACUGUAUAUAAGGUUUAUAAUUACUGUUAAUCACUUACUUGAAGAGGACAGUUGUUGUGGGUAUGGGAAAAGUGUAAGAUGGCAGAGGUGAGAUAGAAAGAGAAAAGUUGUUAACCUAUUCUGUUACUAACAGAGGUAAUAGCAUUACUCAAGAAAAUAAAUGCAUAUACUAGUAUGCUAAUAAUGACACAAAGUUAUGCUAAUAUAUUCCAUAUUUCCAUAUUUACAGGGACACCAUCCACACCACCCAAGACAGUCCAGCAAUCUGGAAGGAAGACCAGCACAAUACCACAGCAAUUGAUGCAAAGAGCAGCAGAUUUCCUGCCUCCCAGGAUGUUGUAAUUUUUCACUGGACAUCAAUGAUAUGCUUUGAUUAGUGUGACAGUGGAGGACGAGGAGGAAGAGGAGGAGGCAGCUUGCUGUAGCAGUAUAUUAUUACAGUCCUAAAAGGAUUACAGUAAGCACUGCAUUUCUCGUUGAGAAACAUUUUGUUAGCAGGAGCAACAAACUCUGGCAGUCCUGUAAAGGAAGUUACUUUAAGGCAAUAUAUCUCAUGUAAUGAGUAUCAUCAAA